AAAUCUUUAAAAAUUAAUUAAAUAUGCUGGUUUUGACUGAAACAAGUGCAGGAUAUGCUAUUUUUAAGUUUUCUGCUAAAGAAAAGGUUUUUAAAAAACCAGAAAUACUGUAUAAAAGUCUUGAUACACUGGAUAAAGCAACAAGCUUACUUAAAUUAAAAGUAUUUUCAAAAUUUGAAAAUAUUGUAGAGGCUCUUGAUAAUGCAUCAGCUAUUAUUGAAGGGAGAGUUACAGGAAAACUUGCGUCUUUACUUUCUGAGUUUUCAGGAAAAAAGGAUUCUCUUAUUGUUUCUGAUUUGAAACUUGCAAAUUCUAUAAAAAAGCUUCCAGAUCUUAAUAUUUCCAUUGUUUUCGAUCCUUCUGUACAAGAACUUUAUCGGGUUAUUAGGGAACAUAUUACAUCUCUUAUUUCUGAACUAACGCCAACGGAUAUGUCUGAUAUGGUUUUGGGAUUAAGUCAUAGUCUUUCUCGGCAUAAACUUAAGUUUUCUCCUGAUAAAGUGGAUACCAUGAUUAUUCAAGCUAUUGUAUUAUUAGACGAUUUGGAUAAAGAACUUAAUAUAUAUGUGAUGCGUAUAAAAGAAUGGUAUGGUUGGCAUUUUCCAGAAAUGUCUCGAAUAGUUUUGGAUAAUAUAGUUUAUGUAAAAGUAAUUAAGGCUAUGGGACAUAGAACAAUGGCUGAAGAAAUAGACUUUUCUGAAAUUCUUCCUGAAGAUAUUGAGAUAUCUAUGAAGGCAGCUGCUAGAGUGUCUAUGGGAACAGAAAUAACAGAUGACGAUUUGGAAAAUAUUAAUUUGUUGGCAGAUCAAAUUCUAUCACUUGCAGAAUAUCGUAUCCAGCUUUCAGAAUAUUUACGUAAUCGUAUGGAAGUUGUUGCUCCUAAUCUUACUGCAUUGGUUGGCGAACUUAUAGGGGCACGUCUUAUAGCUCAUGCAGGUUCUUUGUUAAGUCUUGCAAAGCAACCAGCAUCAACUAUUCAAAUCUUGGGAGCAGAAAAAGCCCUUUUUCGAGCUCUUAAAACGAAACAUGACACUCCAAAAUACGGCUUAAUAUACCAUUCUAGUUUAAUAGGACAGGCCAGUUCUAAAAAUAAAGGAAAAAUAGCAAGGAUAUUGGCGACAAAGGCGGCUAUUAGUUUAAGGGUUGAUGCUAUGGGAGAAAAGGACAUUGCAACCAUUGGAAUAGAAAAUAAAUUAAAAGUAGAGGCAAGAUUACGAGCAUUAGAAGCUGAAAGAUUGGAGAAAUUUUCUACUUCAAGUGAAAAGCUUUGGAAAAAACAUCAAAUUCAAAUAACACCAAAAUACAAUACGGAUACUGAUAUUGUAAUUGAUACGAGUUUAAAAGAAGAAUAUCCGCAAGUUAAAAUCAAGAAAUCACCUCCAGAAGUUGAACUAUUUGAAGAUCUAAAAACAGAAAGUUCUAAGGGGAAAAAAAAGGAUAAAAAAGAUAAAAGUAAAAAGGAAAAAAAAAGAAAAAUGAGUGAAAUCGAAAAUACUGGUGCUACUACGGAAUCGUAUGAUAAAUCUAAACGUAAGAAAAUUAAAGAUAAAUCACAUCUGUAA